AUGCCAGAUAGUGUAGUGACGUUAGAAAAAGAAAGUGAAAGUCAAAAAGUAAUAAUAAAUGAAGAAAUAAAAUAUCCUGCGAUUUUUUUAUUAGGUGCACAAGGGGUUGGAAAGAGUACGUUGGGUAACAUGUUAUUAGGAUGUUAUUCUCAACCUUCAGAAGAAAGUCCAUUACCAAUAUUUCCAAUUUCCAAUGGGCAAUAUCCCGAUAAUGAUGAUGAUGAUUCACAAGAAAUUUAUCACACAGCAGAAAUUACGAUAGAUUUUAAAAGAUAUAGUCUAGUCGAUACGAUUGGUAUUCCAGAAUCUAGCACAUCAGAUGUAAUCUGGAAUAAAUUAAAAAAGAUUGAAAAUAAAUCAUCUGAAGGAGUAGUCGCAUAUAUUUUUGUAUUAGAAGGAGGAAGAUUAACACAACAUGAACUUUUAUUUAUUUCUAAAUUAUUCACGAGAUAUCCAAAUACACGUAUAAUAGUAGUAUUCACAAAAGUACGUAAAUCGUUAAUAUUAUCGCGUAUGGAAAUGGAAAAAACCUUUAAUACACAAAUAUCAACAUUAUUAUAUGGUAUAAAAAAUCGAUGGAUCGUAAUGCCGAGUCUAGAUUUAUUUGGUAAUAAUGAUCAGGGUAAAAUUGUAAUUAAAGAUUUUGUUGAUGAGUUGAAAAAAAAGAUUAUGGAAGUAAGAGAUAAUGAAAAUGUAAGAAAAGAAGAGCUUAACAAUCCUAAAGCACGUGGAGAAACUCCCGCAAAAUUCGGACGCAGAGAGAAGAUUAUUUACGCAAGUUCUUGUGCAUGUGUUGUUGUUGUUAUUUUUAUAGUAGUAAUUCUAACCCAUCGCAAAAGUUAA